ACUUUUUUUGUGAACUUCUCACACAACAACAGUUUUACUCUCAUUUUAAGUGUUGAAAUUGCUCUAAAAUUGAAUGCAAAUGCAUCCCUUCAUGAGGUUUAUAUGGUCCAUUGAUUCAUUUUUCUAGUUUGUCCCAUGCCAAUAAAAUGUUUGCAUAGGAAUGGCAACCAGAGCGUUAAGCAAAUAUUGAGGCUGCUUUGUCAAAAUAUAUGUCAAAUGUUUUUGGACACUCUUUAGAUGGAUUUCCACCAUAGAAACUGUGCUUUAGUUGUGGUUUGGUCUCAUGAUCAAGUAACAGAUUCAUCUGAACUUAAUUUUGAUUUUUUUUUUAAAUGGAGUAGAAGCUAAAGAGUAAAAAAAAGCAACAUAAAGUUGGCAGGAAGCAAUCAUUUGCCCGCAUCCUUAAUGUAUUUCGAUCUUUUUUCAGUAUAUUGACACAUUUUUAACCAUAAUUCCAUCAAAGAUUGGAUCUUUUUGUGCAGAACUUGCCCCACGUGGUAGUUUUUUUUUGACUACUCCAAACACAGACCCUGUAAAUCAAAUUAAAGCAUAUAAUUAAGUUUUCAAGAGGGAAAAAAAUCCCACAGCAGUUGUAUGGUUUGCUCUCAGUGUAGCAAGAUAUGAAAACACCCAUGACAAAAAAAAUACUAAUUUGAGAGUUGCAUGUGAGUUCAUUUAUCCUUCAGAGCUGGUUCAGAUAAACAUAAUGUAUUAAGACUGAACUGCUUGGGAUGUCUGCUGAUGUGAUGAUUGGAUUGAUUGAUUUACCAACCAGAUCAUACAAGGUCAUACAGUUCAGGGCAGCUCGUAGUGUCCAUUUAUGGAGAUACAGUCAAACCUCGGUUUUCAUACGCCUGGGUUUUCGUAUGAUUCGGUUUUCGUCGAAAAUGUGCACAGAAAUUUUGCCUCGGUUUUUGUACUAUCAUGCAUGUAACAAGCUAGUCUGGAAGUCUGGAACUGAUCAAUGGACUUGUAUUACUUCCUACGGGAAAAAUUGCCUCCAUUUUUGAAACGAUUGGGUUUUCGUUAGAUCUUUUGGAACAAAUUAAUAACGAAAAUUGAGGUACCACCGUAUUAGCUCAUCUCAUUGCACAGAAAGCCCGAAGCCCAUUGAAAUGGAAAUUGUAAGGCUUGGACCAAAGCUUGUUUAUGCUGCUAAGAUUUGCUUUAUCAGUCAUGAUUGAUUAGGAAAUCUCUGUGCUGAAGUUAUCGUCAAUGUGACGUAAGACUUAAUUGCCAAUUAUGUUUUUUACAAAAAUAAUUCAAGUAAUAAUGUAAUCAUAUAGUGUUUUCUUGUAAAACAUGUAUUCAGCGUUAAAUAUUCAGCAUUUUUUUUGACAGUGAGUUACAUUAUGGGGUGUCACAUGAUGUAGCGUUUGUGCAGAGAUGCUCAUUUUGUGGAAGCUAGUCAAUGACAACCAGGAAAUAGUAUAUUAAAUAUGAUUUUUAAAUUUCUGCUUACCUACUAAUAAAUGUAUAGUGGACCCUCUAAGGCCAAAUCCGUUCCAGGAUUCUAGUCGGCCUCAGAUUUAGCUGAAUUUUUCCAACGGACAUCUCUCAUAUCUAUCAUACAUUCACACUCUCAUAUGUGACCUCUGUCUGAUUUUUUUUCAUGUGAAUGUGAGCAGUACAAUUUCAAUUUUUUUCGAAUGCGACCCAGGCCUCUUUCGUAUGUAGAUAUAAAUCCGAUUCUUAAGGCUACAAAAAUGGUUUAUACCUAUUUCAAGACAAAGCUCGGUUUUGUUAUUAGUUAUUAGUACAGUAGACGCCCCUACAACGUAAAUAAUCCGUUCCGAGAACCUUUAUGUUAUAGGGAUUUUAUGUUAUACGAAGCGUAAAAUACAUGUAAAUAGCCUAAUGCGUUCCAAGAUCUUCCCAAACUUCCCAAACUUAUCUUCCCUUCAAAAUAUUCAAAGUCCACCAAAUAUGGUGGGAAAAUAUAAGAAAACAUUAGCAUAAACAUAGUACAGUAACAUUCCAAUAUAAAAUAAGGUAAUAAAUAAGGUUACUGUAAAUGAAUAAAACUGAAAAACAAAAACAAUCCUACCGUUCACGAGAUGUCUUGAUUAGGAGCGCAGGUGGAGCCAGAAGGAGGAGGAGGAGGACUAGCCUGAGUCGAAACGUGACUCAAAGAGUUUAAGAGCCAGCUGGUCUCACAGACAAACGCACACGCACUACACGAUGAUGCUGUGUACAACAUUUUAAUUUGUAACUUAAUUGUUUAAGUUAGUUUCAGGGCAACUACGAAGAGGAAGGGAGGUUGAAGGGACAAGCCUGUGUCUCACACAAACUCACGUACGUCCUGUAUAACUCAGCCAAUGAGAUGAGAGCGUAGGCGGUGCCCCGAUAAUCAGCCAAUGAGAUGAGAGCGGAGGCGGUGCCCCGAUAAUCAGCCAAUGAGAUGAGAGCGGAGGCGGUGCCCCGAUAAUCAGCCAAUGAGAGCGUGAAGUGUCAGAAGUUGUCACCAAGUGUUAGUCUGAACUUGCACCGACUUUAGGCAUUAAUAAAGUUGCACUGACUUGACGCUUUACGUUAUACGGAACUUUCUUCCGUAAUACGAUGCAAAUACUUCUUUACGUUCAGUGGAAUUUGCGUAAAAGGAGGUUUACGUUAUGCGAGGUACUACUGUAUCAACAUUUCGUUUUUUCUUCACAUUCUGCCUUUUUGCUCUAUUUUUCACUAUUUUUUAGUUUGCUUUUAUUUCUACAUGGUGCCACGGGCCAAUAAAAAACAAGCCGCAGGGCUGCAAAUGACCCCCAGGACGCACGUUGGACACCCCUGCCUACGACUUCUUUUUUGACUAUUUUGUGUGUGUUUGCUUACCUUAAACAGGUGUAAUUCUUUGUUUCUUAUCAUACCUGCUUGACACCUUCUUUGGAAAGGAGGAUUUCUGAAUGAGGAUCAGAAAAAUGUCGAAGCAAAAGCGUGUGCAGGAUUAAUCCUCUGAUGCUUUCUGAACUCAGAUCUUGUGAGGUGUUGCGUGGUAUGGUCACGGCUUACAUGAUGACAGUUGAAGCGUAUUUUUCCUGAAAACGUAGGAUAAAUUCAGAUUUAUGAGACGUGAGGGCUGUGGCUACAGAAAUCUGCCAUAAAACGGAAUAGUAGAAGAAAGCAAACUGAAGCUGAAAGGCCUAUCCAUUCAUCGAAUAACUUCCUCUUUUCCAUCUUUCACGGCCCCUGAUUCAUUAAAAGGGAUGAUUCUUUAAACCUAAUAAUAAUAAAACUAAUCUAACUGUGGGAACAUAGCAUGUCGAUCCAUGGCUCCCCCAUCUCGCUGAUCUUAUGUCAAAUAUUUCCUGUUUAAGUUUUCCAAAGCAGCACACGGAAGGUCGACCAGCUACGGUUUCAUAUUUACUUUUCACAUUUCUGGUCUUCAAAAAUACAUUGCCCCUGGCCAUGGCUGACCUUGUGUGCUUGUGCAUGAGAACAUACUGUACAUGUUGUAUAUACUGUAUGUGUGUGCAGUAGCUCCUUAUUGUAAUACCCGAUCAUAUUCAUCCUGUCAUUAAUCUCUUUACCCAACAUAAUCAAAGACAAACCUGACACACACACACGCACUCCAUCUGGAAAGCAUAACAGGGAGAUCCCCGUCCUGUGAUUGUAUGUGGGCGAGAGAGCAGGAAGGGGUUAAAAUGGCUCAAACAUUUGGGGAAGGCAGAACCCAUGCUGGCUUGGAUCCCGCCCUCUUUCUUAGCUCUGACCUCAGUCUCAAACUUGUUCCCCUUGUGUGUGAUACACACACACGCACACACGCGCACACACUUGCUGGGUCACAUGCCCACACACAUUUGCUCACUGACGCACAUACACACACACACACACACACACACAUAUAUAUUUAUAUACACGCACAUUUUGCAGAGAACUCAACCAAACGGACCGAAAGAAAAAGAUCUAGACAUGAGCAGUGAGUGACCGGAGCAGCGGACCAACUUGGUGGAAGGAAAGGAAGGACCUGUUUGUGUUUGUUGUGUGAUUAAAAGGUGCAGUAGCCCAAGGGGAGCAGAGGAAGCAGAGUGAAAUAGAAGAAGAGCAAGAGAGAGAGUGAGAGAGAGCAGGCACAUCCAAAGGCAGAGGGGGGAGAGGGCAGCAGCGCCACAUUUAGACCUGAAGCAAAGACAAGAUGCACACUGGGGACCCAUUAAUGGAGCACCACUGAGUGGGAUGCAAUCUUUUCUUUUUAAGCCUGCUGCGGGACAAAAACAAGACAGACAGCUGGAAGUAGGCUGCUCACACUCGAGGAAUCCAGGUGCUCCGGAAGCCAUUUAUUCCAAAUUCAUUCCCACUGUCAAGAGGAAUACAGCAGCGUGGAUUGCAUCACCCGAGGUGGCCCGGCGCUGCUCUGUGACCACUGUUCCUAGAGCUGGUGUCCACUGCGGCCAGAGGGAAUGACAACUCCCGGGAAGGCGCAGAGAAAGGGACGGUCCGACAGACAGACGAGGAAGCUACCCAGGUUUUCCAGGCAUGAGAGCAGCCCCGAGCUGAGGAGAAGAAGCAAGCAGCCCAGAAGAGGAGGCUGACGACGGGUUAUAGAGAAAGCGAGAAGGAAUCAUGAGUGUGCCAACCAACUGUGGGUUCUGUUACUCCAUGGAGCGGACGAUCACUGUGCGGAGCGGGAACAUAUGGGGAUCACCGUGUGCUGUCAACAGGCCCAUUGACAUCAUACAGAAACACAGGCGCUUCGACGUGGAGAAUGGAUUGUCAGUGGGGCGCAGUCCCCUGGACCCUCAGGCCAGCCCAGGUUCCGGUCUGGUCCUACAGGCCAACUUUCCCCAUAGCCAACGGCGGGAAUCUUUCCUCUACCGCUCGGACUCUGACUUUGACCUGUCCCCCAAAGGCCCUUCCAAAAACUCCUCCACUGCAACUGACCUGGAAGAAAGCUUGAAGCACUGGGAGGUCAACUGGUUAUCAUCUCGACAUACAGAAGACAUGAUUGUCACACCAUUUGCACAGGUCCUCGCCAGCCUGAGGACAGUCCGGAGUAACUUUGCGGUCAUCACCGGCCAGCAAGAUCGGCCAGCCAGCAAGACACGAUCCACUAGCAGCAACCCACCAUCCAUGUGCAAGACCAGUCUCGCAGAGGAGCCUCACCAGCAGCUGGCCAUCGAGACUCUGGAUGAGCUAGACUGGUGCCUGGAACAACUGGAGACCCUGAAAACCCGACACUCUGUCAGUGAGAUGGCCUCCAACAAGUUCAAAAGGAUGCUGAACCGAGAGCUCACCCAGCUGUCAGAAACCAGCCGCUCGGGGAACCAGGUCUCUGAGUUCAUCUCCAGUACCUUCCUCGAGAAGCCACAUGACAUGGACAUCAUGGCUCCCCCCACCAAGGAGGAGAAGAAGAAGCGACCCAUGUCCCAGAUCAGCGGUGUGAAGAAGGCCACGCACAGCCCCAGCCUUGCACCCUCCACCAUCCCUCGCUUUGGGGUCAACACCAGCAAGGAAGGUCUCCUUGCCAAGGAAUUAGAGGACAUUAACAGAUGGGGGAUAGACAUCUUUAAGAUCUCAGAGUAUUCUGGACAUCGUCCACUCACGGUCACCAUGUACACCGUCUUCCAGGAACGCGACCUUCUCAAGUCCUUCAAGAUUCCGACAGACACUUUCAUCACGUUCAUGAUGACUUUGGAGGAUCACUACCACGCGGACGUGGCGUAUCACAACAACAUCCACGCCGCCGACGUUGUCCAGUCCACGCACGUGCUGCUUUCCACGCCUGCGCUAGAGGCUGUGUUCACUGAUUUGGAGAUCCUCGCUGCUCUGUUUGCCAGUGCCAUCCAUGAUGUGGAUCAUCCUGGAGUUUCCAAUCAGUUUCUUAUUAACACCAAUUCCGAGCUGGCGUUGAUGUACAAUGACUCAUCCGUGUUGGAGAAUCACCACUUGGCAGUUGGCUUCAAGCUUCUGCAGGAGGACAACUGUGACAUCUUUCAGAACCUCAGCAAGAAACAGAGACAUUCACUGCGCAAAAUGGUCAUCGACAUGGUGUUGGCCACUGAUAUGUCCAAACACAUGAACUUGCUGGCAGACCUAAAAACCAUGGUGGAGACCAAGAAGGUUACCAGUUUAGGAGUUCUGCUGCUGGACAAUUACUCAGACCGCAUACAGGUCCUUCAGAACAUGGUGCACUGUGCUGACCUGAGUAACCCCACCAAGCCGCUGGAGUUGUACCGACAGUGGACUGACAGGAUCAUGGUGGAGUUUUUCACCCAAGGGGACAGGGAGCGAGACAAGGGCAUGGAGAUCAGCCCCAUGUGUGACAAACACAACGCCUCCAUUGAGAAGAGCCAGGUGGGUUUCAUUGAUUAUAUCGUUCAUCCUCUGUGGGAGACGUGGGCAGACCUUGUUCACCCUGAUGCACAAGAGAUCCUUGACACGCUGGAGGACAACAGAGAGUGGUACCAGAGCAUGAUCCCCCACAGUCCUUCACCCAACCCCGAAGAACCGCAGGAAGGAGGUCUUACUGGUGAAGCUUCUGGCUUUUGCGUUGGCGGCAGCACCGUAUCUGCCGACAAGUUCCAGUUUGAGCUGACCUUGGAGGAGGAAGGAGAGUCUGAUACCGAGAGCCCGCUCGAGGAAGAGGAGGGCUGCGGCGGUUACAGAGGGACUGAAGUGUGCAGAACUGAUUCUGGUGGUGGAUUUGAUGCUACCCCUGCUCACCUACUUCCCACAACGAUCACUACUGAUGCAACAAGGACGUUUUCUGCACACUCUGAUAAAGACACGGCAGCACCAAGAGGGACAGACCCGGAAGCGCUGUCUGGGGUGUCAGACAUCAGGCUCGACACAUAGCACCCAUCCCGAGUUCCUUUAGCCAUUUCUUUUGUGUUUAUUUUUCAUCUUGAUUUCAGUGCCUCCUCCUCUAUGACUCCCCCUCUCCCACUCCACACCACUUUCACCUUUGUUUCCACAGACAGGGUGCCAGCGGCACCUCGGGAUGAGGGGCACGUUACAGUUGUGAGGUGCUGUGAAGGAGGCCUGCAGUUGAAGCAGGUGCAUGCACUAAAGAGAAGCAGAUAGACUUGAGUCCAGUAUAGGACUCGAAUCCAGGUUUUCUGACUGGUCCUCUCUGUUGUGUCAGUCAGGCACACUGUGGAUAUUCCACUGAGACUGUUGUCCACCACUAAUGAAUUGUCUUCCUCUUUCUAGAGUUUUUAUAAACUAGUUGAGGAAGUGAUGAGCGAUAUGAAAACACAAUGACGUCAGUUCGAUACUUGAAGAUGUUUCACCUCUCAUUCAAGAGUCCUCUACAGUCUUGACUCACUAGCGAGGACACAUGUUGCCAAAUUCGAAAUUGUUGUUUUGCCUGCCUUUUGAAUCUCACUCUUUGUAAUGUUGACUUUUAUUUCGGGCCACAGUCAAAUUCAUGCAAGCAAAGCACAUGCAGAUCAGAGCUGUAUGCACACUGUAGUGUAGGAAGCGUGACAUGUAGCAGACGUCUUGAGUGACUCGCAACUAAAGCAGUUAUUUUAAAAGAGGAAUACAAUUAGAACGAGACUCUUUCAACAAUGUUACUUAAAGUUUCUAUAACUGAACGCUUCAGAAUGUCAGAAAUGAGCCAAACAAGACAGUCAGGGACUAACAUCCAAAGCAAUGUGGCCUGUGCACAUGGUGCCACCUAGUGUUGAAAACUAGUAGAGAUUAUUUGCAUGGCUUGCAUGGAAAAUACGUUCAAAAUGUGUUCAACCGCAGCCCCCACAUGCAAAUAUCAGCUGUUUCUGCUUUGCUACUACUUCAAUUAUAUUUGCUGUUACUUUAAGUCACUUGUCUGCAUUCAAUAUUUUGACACCCAUUUGAUCGAUUUGCCUUCAUGUUUGAGCACUUUACAGUUUUGUUUAAGGCUGGCCCUCAUUGUAAUUCAGAAGGGCUUUGAUUCAAACCACAAGCACAUGGAGGGUGGUGACUGAAAGACUGAUGGCUGCGAUCAUGCAAACAUUAAAUCGUACAUUCUGUUGCUUUAAAACAACAGUGCAUCCAAAAGUAGUAAGGAUUGCGUUCUAGGCCUCAUCUUUGUAACUGUAAAACGAAAUGUGAGGCUGUUCCCAUCUUGUUCAUCAAUAUUUUGCUCUUCAUCACACAAGUCAAUGACAAAACAAGUGCCAGGCAAACAUGACACAACCCGUACUGUAGUUUCCAUUUUGCCACCGGCUACUUUCCACCAGCAAGUUGGUUGAUUGUAGCACCUCGUGUGCCAACCUGACCCCAGUGUCUCUGUCCCUUUUCACCUUUUCAAACUGUAAAUGAUAUUGUCUUAAAACGGUGAUGUAUUUUGUAUGUGAGAGUGAAUGACGAGGUGGACUUUUUUUUUUUUUUUAGAUGUAUCUGCUAAUAAAAAAAACCAAAGCACUUUGUAUAGUACAUUUACAAUUGUGUACCUCCAUUAUAUUUGAACGUGUAUAAUGUGACCGCUGGUGGUUGAGUGGAAUUCCUGGGCUACACCACUACAGCUCUUAAAGGUUGGUUGGAGGGACUGUUUUUUUUUUUUUGUCUAAUGCACACUUUCUACAAGAGAUGAACAGUCUGUUGUAGUUUUACCACAAAUCAAUCCUGUUUAAUGUGUGAACAAGCUUUUAUUUCUUCUUUAUGCCUUAUUUUCACACCUGGAUUUUUCUUUGGCCGUAGAUAUUCUCACAUGCUGGAGGAAAAUGUGUGCAAUGCUUUCUGUAGCCAUUAACAGACCAACGCUCCAGGAUGCCUUCAAAACUAAGGACUAUCUCAAAGCAUCUUAACCAGAACAACAUGCAACAGGGUUCUGUUUAUAUGUUUUAUCUUGUACAUUUUCCUCUCAUUGCUCCAUGUACAGUUUAUUUAUUAUUUCCAUAUUGCAAGACACAAUGGAACAGUAGUCUUUAAGGUUUAGUCCUUAUUUAUAGUAUGAUUUGGCAGAAUGACUUAUGGGACAGGUUACUCUACUUUUUCCUUUUCCACUGUUCACAUCUACAAUUAACAUACACAAGCCAAGUUACACAUUUUCAUGUUUUGUCUGUAUGCAAAUUAGUUGAGUGCCAGAUUUCUGAAACGUUUCUCCUUUUUACCGUCUUCCUCUGUUGUCAUUGCUCACUAAUAUUCAUGACGUGAUGAUCUGAGGUUAUGGUCCAUUCAGUCAAAAUUUUAUAGUGGUUCAAAAAGUCAUCAAAGAUCAUAAUUUCUAAACCACAGCUUUGACAAUCCAAUCUGUUGUUUAACUGCGGGUGUUUGUGACCUCUUUCCAACUUGAACUGUAUGCCUUGCCAAUAAA